AUGUCGCUCCGCAGUCCGCCUGCCUUUACCAUCUUUAUAAAGUGUCCAUCUGGGAACUUUGCGCUCGUCGUCAAUGGAAGUUCAUCCAUUCAGAAUAUCUUAGAAAUUCUAAGACAGAAAGUCUCCAGCAGACAGGAUGUUUGCGGUAUCUUUUCAAGUCCAUUCCAUUUGUACAUGCAUGGCAGAUGGCUUCCUUUAUCCGCCAUGGAGACGCUGGAUGCUCUGAACGUGAGCGACCUUUCGACUUUACAUUUCCGAUCACUGCUGCUAGGGGGUGCCAGCCCAGUUGAUCCGGUCGAUCUUACCUUCGCACUAGAUGAUAGUUCCGAUCAUUGCAAAUACCAGCAUUGCAAAAGUCGCAAAGCGAAUGGUGAUCCAUACAAGUUUCAGCCAGGGGAGGAAAAGUUUCAAAUGAAGGCAUGUUUGUGCAAGGAUGGGCCUGCUACGUUGAGGAACCUGGGGACUGAGACCCUGACCUUGACGACUUGUAAAUCCUGUGCUGCGCUUGCGUCAAAGAAAAAAGCUGCAUCACAGCACGCAAGACAUCUAUCGAAGAAAGAUGGAGUGGUGUCAUCCUCCCGCCAGAUGGCACCACCACCCGUUCCAACGAUUCCAGGAAUUCACCUGCUCGAAGUAGCCGAUGCUAUUCUGAAAGUCAUUGCAUCCAUCCCAAACACCCUUUCAAUUGAUGAAAGUGUCAAGAAGGCCAAAGCAAAAGGAGCUGUGCCGGAAUCGAGGUUGCCAGUCGCGAUAUCAUCGUUGCUGAACAAAAAUGCCCUUAAAACCAGUUAUUCGCCUGCUCAUUAUCUCUACAAUUCUGAGAAGGACAAGUUUCGCAAGCUCGCGGUAGAAGGUCAAGGCGUACUUGCAAAGGUCUUUGUUCAGGUCAAAAGGGAAAAUGGGACAAGGAAAGGCAUCUCCUUCCACAACAUACAAUGUGGUGUCACCUUUCCUCCUCUGACUCCCCAUGCUGAAGUCAUGCAAUGUGUGCUCGAAAGCCUGCUUGUUUUAGUACAAGCCCAUCACAAAGUGAAGGGCUUCAAGUUCACUACUGACGAUUUCUUCAUUGUGGACUCUGGGUGGAUACCCGUUCUGGAAGGAGAUUUAACGAAACCAACAGAGUUGUUUUAUAAAGGUAUAACCAAAGGGCUCUCAAAGAAGGGCACACCAGUCGGAGGCUUGAAAUAUUCUCAGAGAGCCCCUGAGAACUGGUAUGAUUAUCAUCAUUAUGUGUCAAUUUACGUUGAUUUCUUUCAAGUUAUCCCCUGUCAAGAAUGGAAAGGGAAGAAGCGCGAAGAACCAGAACUUGAUUCAGAUAUGGAUGACCUUUCGGAUAUCGAUUAUGUUUCAAUUGUUUCCGGACCACCUGAGUCGACCAUCUCAGCGAAUAGCGAACGGUCCAUGUUCCUCAAAACGGGCGGUGGGUGA